CUCCAUAGCAACAUCCACAUGGCAUUUUUUGUAGACACACCAUCACCACUGACUAAACAUCAAUAUCAACUAACGUCAAAUCUCGAUUGAUCCCAGCCCAAUCAACAUUAAUGGCCUAUCCAAUUGAUGAGAUUCCUGCAGAUGCAGUCCAGCAUCCUGCUGGAUUUGAAUCUUGCAAUCUUUGUGGUCGGACAUUCAAUCCUGAUGUUCUGGCUAGACAUCAGCGUAUCUGUUCCAAGAAAUCUUCAACGAAUAGGAAAACGUUUGACAGUUCUAAACAGAGGCAGUGUGCUGACUUACAAGUGUUUUUGGCCACCCAUGGUCGAGCUCCCACACCUAAGCAGACGAAGAAAGACUGGAGGAAGAAACACGAGUCUCUUGUGGAGUCAAUGAGAUCAGCAAGAAUUGUGACUGAGGCCAUCAAAACUGGUGCCCCGUUGCCCCCUCAUCGACCCUCUGCCCCUGAUCCUGAUUAUGUCCAGUGCCCGCACUGUGAUAGAAGGUUCCAGGAGUCAGCAGCAGAGAGACACAUGCCUUUUUGUAAAGAACAAAAGAGUAGACUUGACAGGAAACCCAGCUCCAAGGCUCAGGCCAAACUGAGUAAAAGGUUAGAGUACAAGCCUCCUUCCGUUCGAAAGAAAUCUUCGACCAGAGAAGACACAGGCUUGACUAAUCCACCAGGGGCGAGUCUCGUUGCUAGAAACACAAACUUCAGUGCAACCUACAGUCUUGACCAAGAGUCUUCUCCCGGCAAACCUUUGGGACGAGCUGCAAGACCAGGUAUGAACAGAAAAACGAUAUCGUCGAAACCACCCACUGGAAUUCCCAUUUAUGUAAACAACGAUGCACCCCACCCACCUGAAUACCCAAAUUCUGGAUCAUCACGAAACCGUGUUGUACGGGACACAUCACUCGGUAGGAGGAACACUCAAACCAAAGAAGAAAACCAUAGUAGAACCAACACAACAACGAAGAGACAGUUUCACCCACAUCAUAUACCAAGGAAUAAUCCCAGCUCAAAUAGUAGUGGAAAGUCUCGAGGAUAUUCGUCUGAUUCUGAUGAGCAUGACCUACCUUAUCGUCCCACAAGUAACAGUAGGACACUAACAAAUGGCGCCAAACACUCACGUUUGGUUUCUUUGGACGCAGUUUCUCCACCUAGCGGUGAAGAAAUCAGAUCUAGAGGAAACCAGUUAUCCUCUCUCAACCAGAAGCUCAAAGUUAAAGGGAGCCAAGAACACUCUUUUGAUUCACAACAUCACCACAUGGGCAACCUAACUAAUGGAGAUAGAGGAAGCAGUGGUUCAAGCAUUGGUAGUGCUAGUCAUAGGAGAACACCUCUCAAUGCUCAUGGCAUGGUCAUGUCCAAGUUUUGCUACGAAUGUGGCUCAAAGUUUCCAGUGCCCCAAGCAAAAUUCUGCUGUGAAUGUGGAACCUCAAGGAUUUAGCUGAUGUUAUUUUUUACACAUUAUUACAAUUAUGACUGUACUAUGACAUGUGUAUAUACAACAAUAAUACAUGCACGUAACUUUUUACAUAAUUAAUGAAAAGUAGCUAAUGACAA